GUUCUGUAUAAAACGGAACGACUAGAAGCGUACUUUUUGUGACGCGUUGGGUUGGCUAAUCAGUUUCCGGUAGAUGAAAUCCAUUGAAUUUUCUGUGUAUUUUGAUGUAAUGUCACAUUUUUAACACAAAAUGGAUUGGCAGUUAACGUGUAGAGUUUGUCUGGAGACUGGGGAUAUGGUAUCCCUUUUCGAUUGGGACGAAAAUAACGAACAACUUAGCGACAAAUACUCUUACUGCUGCGGUGUCGAGGUUUAUAAAGACGACACGUUGCCGAAACUAAUUUGUUUGAAUUGCGUGGAUCGCCUCACUUAUGCCUACAAAUUCAAGCAGCAAUGUUUAUCUUCAAACGAAACUCUCAAGCAAUGUUUGGAGGAAUUCCUCAAGAGUUCGGAGGCAGUUACCACUACCAACUCCUCGAAAGUAACAGAAACAGAAACCAUAACAAUAAAGCAAGAGAAUGGACUACUCCUUCAGUACGAGUUGCCAGUGGAACAUGAGCCUACAGUACAGUGGACGAGGACUCUAAGUAAAACUCCAACAAGUGCUGUGGUGACAAAAGCACCUGGGCCUCGGAAGAGAGGCCGGCCUCGGAAGUACCCUAAUGAGCAGGGUCAGAUUGAUAUCAGUCCGUAUCAGCGUAAGAAACCAAAGUCUCAAGAGAAAGAGCCUCAAGCAUUGACCACAUUGCUGGCCUCAGGCUCCUUGGAUUUGAAGAGUGAGCCACCAGAUGAAGAACCCUUUAAUAAUGAUGGAUUUGAUGACGACCCAGAUUUCAAAGCUGAGGAGUUGGAGGAAGGUGAAUCUGAAAUAGAUGAGGCACCUAAAGUGCAAACGAGAAAACGCGGUAGGCCCCGAAAGAACAACGGAACUCCUCAGAAGAAGAGGGAGAAGGACGAAGGAGACGGAGAUGGAGACAAUGACAUGCUGCUGCAGGAGACUAUCCUCGCUUACUCGGAGCCCAUUCCGGACCAUAUCCUCAAUCCCAAGCCGAAGAAGAAACAGUCUCAUACGAAGAAAUAUGUUUAUGAGAAGUCGCAUACAUGUGAAACAUGUGGUUCCUCAUUCACAUCAAAUGCUUCACUCCAGGCGCACAUACGAAGGCAUUUGGGGAUCAAGCCUUUCGUUUGCAGCAUUUGCGGUUACGCGUGCGUUCUGAGCAUGGAACUGCGGCGGCACAUGAUGCGGCACACGGGUCAACGACCUUACAAGUGUCGCGUGUGCGACCGACGCUUCGGGGACUUCGGCAGCCGACAGAAACAUGAGAGGCUGCACAUGGGCCUGAGGCCGUACCAAUGCUCGAUCUGCGGCAAAGCGUUCAACUAUUCAUACGUGCUCGCCAACCACAUGCUCACGCACACAGGGGAGAAGAAAUACUCAUGCGGUCCAUGCAACAAAAAGUUCACAAAGGCACACCAUCUCAAAUACCACAACAAGGUACACCACAAGGAGCUGUACCUGCAGCAGCAGAUGGAAGCCGAAGCCAAGAAGAUGAGGCAACAGAUCAACGUCAACAGUCUAACCGGAGUCCUCACUGGGCAGAUUGUGGACGGGGCAUUGCAGCUCAUGCAGGCUCCUUCUGAAGACGGCGAAGCGGACGCGCAGAUGCUGGUGGUGGAAGAGGAACACGACACCGAGGAGAAGGAGACUGACCGCGCCGUCGCCGGCAUGCAGGGGGAGGUGUUAGACGCUGAGUUCUCUAUCGACCAAGAUGACCAGUCGCAGUGAUCUAAACUACUGGAAUAAUUGUUAAAAAUCCUUUCAUUGUAAGGGGCUUUUGAAAGUUAAAGUUGUAUGUAUUAUUUAUGUAUAUUUCAUUUGAUAAAGUGCCCUUGAAGGCAGUAAUUUUGUCCAUAUCUCAAAUGUAGACAAGGCAUUGGAAAUAGAGUGAAAUUAAUCCGGAUUAUUUUAAAUUACAUAAUUGAAAAUAUAAAGCCAUAGUCUGUCAAGAAAGUGAAGAAAACGUGUUUUUCACGAACUAUUUUUUUUUUGCCAUGGUAAUACUAAAUAAAACGGUCAAGAUUGGUAAAAACCCAGUGUUGCCAGCCGAUAGGAGACAGCGCCCUCGUUUAAUUUUUUCACUUUGUUGACAGUCUGUAAUUUAUCAAAAUAUGUGUACUCUCUGCUGUUAUACAUAAUUCUUUUCGGGGUGGUCUACUCUUGUGCCUGAUUUAACGAUACUAGUGGCAUGAAAAUCGUUUCGUGAGUUUUAAUUUCAUCAAAAACAUGUGUAGAUAACAAGUUUUAUAAUGCACGCGUUGAUUUCGUUAUUAAAUUUAUGUUAUGUCACCGUAUUUUUCUGGCUAAAUCAAUAGCGAAUAAAAAAAAUAUACAAAAGACGAACUUUCAUAUUGAUAAAAAAAAAUAGGCAUACUUAAAGCUAAAUUCAAUAUAUUCAUUUUUGUCCAUGAUGUUAGUAAUAUGAACUUUAAUUUCACUAGUGUCAGUAAAAACAAAUAAUUUACAAUAUAAAAAUAAUAUUACACAGGUAUCUUAUCGAUCGAGACUUUCAAAAAACUAUUUUUUGUCACUAACGCGCUAUAUUUGACAGAACGAGACAAAACAUAUUCUUUUUUAUGAAUAAGAGAGUAGUCUAUGCCAAUUUAUAAAAUUUAUUCAAGAAGACAAAAAAUACUUGAUAUAUAUUUAUUAUAAAAUAGGUAGACUUGGUUAUUGAUUGUUUUUAAGGUAGAUAGGUUCGAAUUUAGAUCGUUGAAAAACCUUGAUAUAUUUUUUAAUCAAUGUGCGACUUGUAUAAUUAAAUAGUGAGAUGCAUUUUUAAUUGUAAGUUUGGUUUAAUAAUAUUAUCAUAUGUUUUGUUAUCUGUCCAUUCGUUUAUUCACAAAAAUGUGGAUUUUUAGUAGAAUGUCAGUUAAUAUGUUACAAUAACAUAGUAAUGAUUUUACAAUAAAGAUCAUGUAUUUAUA